UCAGAGGAUUAUUCAAACAGCAUCUAAAAAAAGCUUCCCACUCCAUGCUUCACUCACAGGGUGUAAGUGAGCGACACUUGGUGUGGAGAUCAGCCUCCUGUUGCAUGCCAUGACUGCGUUUUACCGGACACUUCUCCUGUUAUCUGUGGCUGUGGCAUCUGCGGCGACACGCAGGUCCCUGCGGACAAGAAGAGGGUUACUGGAGCUGGCGGGAGCCAUUAAAUGCAGCACGGGGCGAUCUCCCUUGUCGUACGUGAUGUAUGGAUGCUACUGUGGACUGGGUGGUCAAGGCUGGCCCAGAGACAAGACAGACUGGUGUUGCCACAGACAUGAUUGCUGUUAUGGAACUGCAGAACAACUUGGCUGCUACACCAAAACAGACCAGUAUCACUGGACGUGCGAGGACAAGAAAGCUGAGUGUGAUGAUUUGGAGGAUGAGUGUAAAAAGCUGCUGUGCAAGUGUGACAGAGACGCUGCUAAAUGUUUGAGAAAAGCACCUUUCAAUCGGAAAUAUGCCGUAUAUCCAGAUUUCCUCUGCGGUUACAAGCAGCCAAUGUGUAGUAUUUACUCACAAUAAAUGCAUGUUCUGUGAGCCUUUUGUAAAUAUAACAUGUUCCAGUCCGGCAGUAAUGAUGAUGACAUUGGUGUU